CCAUGAUGGAGGAACUGCACAGCCUGGACCCCCGGCGACAGGAGCUGUUGGAGGCUCGCUUUACUGGGGUUGGAGUGAGUAAGGGCUCGGGUCAGAAUCAGAAUGAGUCAUCCAAUCAGAGUCUGUGCAGCUUGGGUUCACUUAGCGACAAAGAGCUGGAGACUCCAGAGAAAAAGGCGAACGAGCAGAGAGUUAGGAAACGCAAAGCGGACCACUUUGACAGCAGCCAAGGCAAAGGAGGAGCAAAGGGGCUUAAAAUUAGUGAUUAUUUUGAGUUUGCGGGAGGUAGCGGUCCUGGUACCAGCCCUGCUAGGGGAAUUCCUCCAGUGGUCCGCUCUUCCCCACAACACUCUUUGUCCAACCCUCCCGUCACGGUGCAGCAAGGAAGCCCUUCGUCCAUCAGCUCCGUCAACACGGAGCACUUCACAUGUGCGCUGAAGCCUGUUGUUCUUCACAUGCUCCACAAAGCUACACAGUCCGACCUUACAUUAGAGAAACUAACAGCCCUGGAGAACAGCAAGAACUCUGACCUGGAGAAGAAGGAAGGCCGAAUAGACGAUUUGCUGCGGGCAAACUGUGAUCUCAGGAGACAAAUUGAUGAGCAGCAGAGGAUGCUGGAACGAUACAAGGAACGCUUAAAUAAGUGUGUUACUAUGUCCAAGAAGCUGCUGAUUGAAAAAUCAAAGCAGGAGAAAAUGGCUUGCCGAGAUAAAAGUAUGCAGGAUAGACUUCGACUGGGCCAUUUCACUACAGUAAGACAUGGAGCAUCCUUCUCUGAGCAGUGGACAGAUGGAUAUGCAUUCCAGAAUCUUAUCAAACAACAAGAGAGGAUCAACUCUCAGCGGGAGGAUAUCGAGAGGCAGAGAAAGCUGCUGGCAAAACGCAAGCCGCCUUCCAUGGCCCAGGCUCCGCCGCCGAGCCUGGAGCAAAACAAACGCAAAAGCAAGACCAAUGGGACAGAAAGCGAAACGUUAUCACAGGCGGAGUACCAUGAGCAGGAGGAAAUCUUUAAACUGAGAUUAGGGUAUCUUAAAAAGGAGGAAGCUGAGAUCCAGGCGGAGCUGGAGAGGUUGGAGCGAGUGAGAAACCUUCACAUACGCGAGCUGAAAAGGAUCCACAACGAAGAUAAUUCCCAAUUCAAAGAUCAUCCUACGCUAAAUGACAGAUACCUGCUGCUCCAUUUGCUUGGGCGAGGAGGUUUUAGUGAAGUUUACAAGGCCUUUGAUUUAACAGAGCAAAGGUACGUUGCCGUUAAAAUCCACCAGCUAAACAAGAACUGGAGGGAUGAGAAGAAGGAGAAUUAUCACAAACAUGCGUGCAGAGAAUAUAGAAUCCAUAAAGAGCUGGAUCAUCCACGGAUAGUUAAACUCUAUGACUACUUUUCACUUGACACUGACUCGUUUUGCACAGUGCUGGAGUACUGUGAGGGCAACGACCUGGACUUCUACCUGAAACAGCACAAGCUUAUGUCAGAGAAGGAGGGCCGCUCCAUCAUCAUGCAGAUCGUCAACGCCCUCAAGUACCUCAAUGAAAUCAGACCGCCCAUUAUCCACUACGACCUUAAACCCGGUAAUAUCCUGCUUGUGAACGGCACUGCUUGUGGCGAGAUUAAGAUCACGGAUUUUGGCCUGUCGAAGAUAAUGGAUGACGACAGCUACAACUCAGUGGAUGGGAUGGAGCUGACAUCACAGGGAGCGGGAACAUACUGGUACCUGCCUCCUGAGUGUUUUGUGGUUGGCAAGGAGCCACCAAAGAUCUCCAACAAGGUUGAUGUUUGGUCUGUGGGUGUCAUUUUCUACCAGUGUUUAUAUGGUCGCAAGCCUUUUGGUCACAACCAGUCUCAGCAGGACAUCCUCCAGGAGAACACAAUCCUGAAGGCCACAGAAGUUCAGUUCCCUCCAAAACCUGUAGUCUCCCCUGAAGCGAAGGCCUUUAUAAGGCGCUGUCUAGUCUACCGUAAGGAGGACCGCAUCGAUGUGCACCAGCUGGCCAGUGACCCCUUUCUAUUGCCCCACAACCGCAAAUCAGUGGCUUCCUUGGGCACCUCCAGCACAGCCGUGGCCUCUACAUCCAGCUUCUCCAAUAGCAGCGCCUCAAACUGAGCUCAUGCCCCUUAAAUGACUGACUGGAUCAUUUUAUAGGACAGGAAUGGAUGUCUCCGCUGUCCUAACAGCAUCUCACCUUGCCAUGGUGAGUUGAAGGCAAACUGGUCAGAUGGCAGCGUGGGGUGGGUGAGAAGUCAUGGAGGGGUUGGGAAUGGAAACUGUCGCCCACCCCCACAGCCCUCUGAUGUCUAUCCACCCCAGCCCACCUGUCCUGCCUUCCCAAAAGAAUGGCAUUGUUCUGGGGGUCAAAGCCCUGGAUGACUCACGCAGCAAAGGGAUGAGUUUUGGCACUGUGUUGGUAAAAAUUGGGUUGAGUGUUUUGGAUGUUUCUUUUCAGCCUAAAAAGAGAAAAUAAAACAAAGUAUACAGGUCCUUCUCAA